GCAGAAGCCUUCACGCCUCUGCAGGUGCCUGUCAGUCAUUCUGCAACAUGAGGUUUUUCGAUGUUGGAAGAGGAGGAUAUCAGACAUCAAAGGCAAUCCCUGACUUUUGUUGAUGGCAUCAAUCAAUAUGUUAGUCAGAGUAUUCCAUCUUUGUGCAGAAUACAUGCGUCAAUAGAUUUUGUCAUCAUCCAUUUUGAAAGGUCAUGGACAGGGGCGAAGGUCGGUAGCUAGCCACCCUUUUUGAGGAUAAAACUUGUUUUCCUCGUCAAUUAAAAGAGGAAGGAUUCAAUCAAAGCAGUUAAUUUUGUUUAUUGUAUCUAUAUUUCAUUUAUCCUUGCCUUGCACAGGAGAAUGCGUGACGUACAGCCAAGUCAAUGUCAGCAGUUCUUCAAAUAUCAGUCGGAGGGAGACAGAAUGCACAGCAUCAAGCGCAGUCGAACCGAGAGGACCUGUGCCGCCGACGAGCUGAUAACCACUGCACGGAUGCCUGGUCCAUAACGGAUAUCACACUGAAUUUAUUGUUUUAAUUUCAUCGUAUGGUUUAGCUGUAGGACUUUGAAUAACAACCGUUAUUUUUCUCUUAUUUUUCGAAUCGCGCCUUCGCAGUUGGUCUUUCAUUCCGAGGGCUUGCCCUGUCUCCGGGAGUCUGGAUGGAAGCAGCACUGCCAGUAGCUGAGGGAGCGGUUCGGCUGUCAGAUGCCAGGGAAGCGAGUCCUUUUUCCGGGGCCACAGCAUCCGAGGAUGCGGACACUGUCAUUGGAGUAAGCUAUGGAAUGGAUAGCGACUUCGAUUUUUCUGCUAGAAAAGCACACAUCACUGAGCUGCCUGGUGUCUCAGGCCUACCAGGCCAGGGGAAGAGGAUGGGCCACAGGGGAGUGGAUGCGUCCGGAGAGACCACCUACAAGAAGACCACGUCCUCUGCCCUGAAAGGUGCCAUCCAGCUGGGCAUCGGCUACACGGUGGGCAACCUGAGCUCCAAGCCUGAGAGAGACGUCCUCAUGCAGGACUUCUAUGUGGUGGAGAGCGUCUUCUUUCCCAGUGAAGGUAGCAACCUGACUCCAGCCCACCACUUCCCAGACUUCCGCUUUAAGACAUACGCUCCUGUGGCCUUCCGCUAUUUCAGGGAGCUCUUUGGGAUCAGGCCCGAUGACUACCUGUACUCCCUGUGUAACGAGCCCCUGAUUGAGUUGUCCAACCCCGGGGCCAGUGGCUCUGUGUUCUACCUGACCAAGGACGAUGAGUUCAUCAUCAAGACCGUCAUGCACAAGGAGGCAGAGUUUCUGCAGAAGCUGCUGCCUGGCUACUACAUGAACCUCAACCAGAACCCUCGUACCCUGCUCCCCAAGUUCUUCGGCCUGUACUGCAUCCAGUCUGGCGGUAAGAACAUCCGCAUGGUGGUCAUGAACAACGUUCUACCACGCGCCGUACGCAUGCACCUCAAGUUCGACCUGAAGGGCUCCACAUACAAACGCUGUGCCUCCAAGAAGGAGAGACAGAAGGCCAAGCCGACCUUCAAAGACCUUGACUUCAUGCAGGACCUGCAGGAUGGCCUGAUGCUGGACCAGGAUAUGUACAGCGCUCUGGUCAAGACCCUGCAGAGAGACUGUCUGGUGCUGGAGAGCUUUAAGAUCAUGGACUACAGCUUGCUGCUGGGGGUCCAUAACAUCGACSAGUCAGAGCGGGAGCAGCAGAUGGAGGGAGGAGAGAAGGAUCAGAAGAGGCCCGUGGCCCAGAAGGCCCUCUACUCCACCGCCAUGGAGUCCAUCCAGGGAGGGGCCGCCUGCGGAGAGUCUAUCGACACCGACGACACGAUGGGCGGCAUCCCAGCAGUCAACGGGAAAGGAGAGCGUCUACUCCUCUACAUCGGAAUCAUCGACAUCCUGCAAUCCUACAGGUUAAUAAAGAAACUGGAGCACACGUGGAAGGCUUUGGUUCACGAUGGGGACACCGUAUCAGUCCAUCGGCCUGGUUUCUAUGCAGACAGGUUCUUCAAAUUCAUGAGCAGCAAUGUGUUCAAGAAGAGCUCCUCCUUGAAGUCUUCUCCCAUUAAGAAGGGUCGUGUGGGCCUGACGGUGCCUAAGUACACUGGCCCUGGAGCCGCCUGGUCAGCCAGCCAGUUUCCCUCGGAGAGAGACGAUAACAUCUACGACCUGAGAGGAGCACGCAGCUUCCCCACGCUGGAGGACGAGGGGCGACCAGACCUUCUACCCUGCACCCCUCCGUCGUUUGAGGAGGCGACCACGGCCUCCAUCGCCACCACGCUCUCCUCCACCACCUCUCUGUCCAUCCCAGAGAGGUCUCCCUCAGAUGCUGGAGCAGAGAACCCCCGCUACAGGUACCAGAACAACAGCUCUGAGAGAAGGAGGCACACCCAGUCUGUCAGCCAUGACGGGAGGACCCAGGAGGAGGUGCGUGAGGAGGAGCAGCAGACCAUCACGGUGGAGGUGGAGGUGAAGAGACAUGACAGCGAGCCCAUCAUCACGGCCCCACAGCCAUCUCCAGAGAUCAGUGAGGUACCAGAGGUAGCUGAGGCUUCUGCUGCUGUUGUUACCCCACCCUCCACCUCUCCCCCGACCCCUGAUGCUCCUGAGGCCCCUGCUGAAGCCUCUGCUGCUGAUACCUCUGACCCGGAGACCCCUGCUGAGGCCCCUGCCAGUUCCAAGGUGGUGGUGGUGGAGGCUGAGCGGGACCGCCGGGGCAGCAUGGUGUCAGGGUCCGGCUGCACCAGCCAAGCCUCCCAGGACGACGAGGAUGACGUAACAAUCACAGACAUCUACUUUCCCCCAGAGGACAGGACCUGGGUGUACUCCCCUCUGCACUAUGGCAGUGAGUCUAAUAACUUGCCGGAUGGGGAGGAGAGCGAGACAUAAACACACCUCCAUAGAGCUGAGAGGAGAAUGAUUCUGUGGAGAGAGGAGCCAUCAGAUUGAUCCCCAGGCCUUUGAGUGUCAGGCAGCAGAAUGAUUCCAGUCCAGACCUGUAUUUUAAACCAUGGAUACAAAAGCAGAACAGACUAAAUACUGUGAGGAAACCCCCCUAGACGUCCCGUUAUCAUUGUGUUGAUGAUAUGAUCCAUUCCUCUCCUUUCACCCCCACCUCAACCAAAAAUGACCCUACCAUAAGAAAAACAGGACCUCAAAUGGCUAGGCUACGUCUAGCAUGCCCCAUGAGAACAGGGGCGUUGAGUCGUCUUUGUUACUCGCCACACAUUCCCAACGGUUGAUUAAGUCAAAUGGUCACAUGUAUUGAAUUGAUAUCAUGUUAAUUUAUAUUGUUUGCUUUUUCUUUGUUUUUUGUUUAGUUUCUUUAUUUUCUGAACUUUUUUCACCAUUUUUUAAAAUGUCCAUAAACAGAAAAAUUAUCGCUAGACUGUGUUUCACAAAACAUGAUUUUGUGCAUUUUUAUAAGCCUACUGUAUUAUUUUACAGGUUUCUUUUUUAGUUCUAUCACAGUAUUGCUACACUUCCCAUACACUCCUGCUGAAUGCACCUCUCAUGAGUCUCCAAGCCUCAAAACCAGAUCAUUGCAACACUAACUAAUAUUGAGACAUUGUCUAUCAUUUCAGAAUCCUACAUCAUUACAAUGUAUUCCAGGACCACCCAGCUUUAGGAUAAAUGCAACAACAACAACAACAACAAAAAAUCCACGCAUAAUGAGUUAUUGAGUUCUCUAAAUAUGAAAUGAAAUGCCAACAGUUUAGCAAUCAAACUUUGACUCUGAAUUUUAGCUCUGCUGGACAUAGGUAUUAGCCAGACUAGUAGCCUAACUCAAAGUCCUCCUGACUUCAGAGUCUGGAAAAGGCUAUUUUGGCGUCAGCACGAUGCGGCGAUAAGGAAGGGGAUGUGCUUGUUUUACUGAUUGGUUCUCUUCUGUGUUUUUCUCAUUCCAACACCCACAUGGACAGCCAUUCACAGCUCUCCAAUACAACUGUUGAAUUUUCAAAUCCAAACAACGUGAGGGCUCAACCUCCCCAGAAAAAAAAGAGAAGAAAAAGAAGUUUGAGAGAACCAAUCAAAGCUCAGUACAUUCAGGAGCACAUUUCUGCACAAAUACUGCAUUUACAAUGGCCUCCUUUCCAGACCAGUGUGUCACAGCUCUCCCUUGCUAUGAGUCACUUGAGUCGGGUCAGCCAGGCUAGUGACCUUAGGCUAAUGGAUUGGAUUACUUAGGACAAAUAACAAUAUCAUAUCAUAGCCAGAAUUAAUUCAUACUUCUGUUAUUUAGUAAGUGUUAAUCAGAAAGGGAAUUCAGGCUGCUUUGACAGCACUUUAUGUAUUAAUCAUCAUUAGGUGUGAAAGUGACGUCUUUAUCACAAUCAUCUGGCAUAGGAUUCAUGUUUUUUUAGUCUUUGUGGAUUACAUGUUUUAAGAUUUAAGUUAGAUUUUAAACAGUUUUAUUGCUCUUUUUCGGUUUCACACUUGGCUGUUUAAAUUAGAGUUGGUGUGUUUGUAUGUCUGUGUGUGAGGCAAGGUGUCAGAACUUGUAAAAUACUUAUGAUGUGCAGUGGCCAGUUGUAAUUAGUUGUUAAUGUCAUCAAGAGACCAUAGCAGCAAUAUUUUCUACAGUGCAGUAGUUGUAAAGUUACUUUUAAUUGCCUUAUAUAGAAAUUAAAAUAUUGAUUUGAUUUUU